UUUUCCGAGGUGGACCCAUCACCAACCUUGAGUCCUCACCCAAAAUAUCGGGUCCACGAGAAUCUACGGUGUCUCCGUAUACGAUACGUAUGUAUGUUGUUGAUGCUAUACUCUCUGAAUUGCCAUAUCAAAAUUGCAUCCACAAGAAUUUUCUAUCUUCCACAAAGGAAAAUUGAUCUUCUCUCUCUCAUGCAUUUAUAAAGCAUGGAUUUUUCAAAGGAGAAUAACGUCACUACCGCCUGAUAGCUAUGUACCCUUCUAAUGGCUUCUACGGAAGGUGCCAUUUGACUUUGAAGCCAAAAAAAGCGAGUCAGUUCAUCCGAACAAGGAUUUGGUUUGGUGGUGGUGGUGGUGGUGGUGAUGAUCAAUGUUUUGAUGGUCUCGGAGGAUUUUUUUGUUGAUGGGUUAUGAUAGGAUUCAUGGGAUUUUGAUUAUAAUGGAAACGAGAUUGAAGUCUGUUAUGGUCUCUUUCUUGGUUUCUCUCCAUGGGUUUGAAUAUUCGGUUUCUUGAUUCUGGUGAACGCAAAGUUUGAAUCUUUAGAGCUAAAUUGUUAAUGGGAUGCGAGAGAUUUACUUCCUUUAGUUCUGGAAGGUGCUUGCUUGAAUUCGAGCCUUCUUCUUCGAUUCAGCUGAUGAAGAACACGAAGAUAAUAAGGUUCGGCUGAGGAGUUCUUUUUUUUUUUUUUUGUCUUUUUGGUAUAGCAAUUUGUUCUAGGUUUUCAAGUAUUGAAUUACUGAGAUAAAGAAGCGAAAGGGGAAAUAAAUGGAAGAAGAAAAUAGUUCCUGGAUAAGGCGGACAAAGUUUUCUCACACAGUUUGCCAUCGUUUUGAUUCUUCAAGACUGGCCUCUUUCCCUAUAGCCAUUCAGGCUGAGAGGAAUUUCGAGUUGAAGUCAACGCCUGGACUGUCAUCUUAUAAGAAAUCUGAUUCCUUUUCCAAUCAUAAAUCAUCAGUUCCUAAUAAUUCUCAGAUUCAGAGAAAUCCACUCACCAACAGGCAGAGAUCUUUGUCUCCUCUCCCUGAAACAGUCCUUUCUGAUGCUUUUGAGGAAGCAAGGUCUGAUAGAAAGAGAUUCUCAACUCCACAUCCUCGCAGGAAAGAUCAUGACAAGGGAAUCAAGGGAAAGUUUUUCCGUAAGGAAUCUCCAGAAACCAAGCCAUCCAGUCCCGCAUCAAAUACAAGCCCACUUCGGCAGUUGUCUUCAAUGAAGGGUCAUGAAAAAUCAAAGUUCAAGAAAGAAUCUUCUUGGACGAAGUUUUUUGACCAUGCUGGAGGAAGGGUUAAUGCUGUGGAAGCAGCUGAUGAAUUUAGCGUGGAUAUGUCCAAGCUUUUUCUUGGGCUUAGAUUUGCUUACGGGGCACAUAGCAGGCUUUACCAUGGUGUAUACAAAGAUGAACCUGUUGCAGUUAAAAUUAUCAGGGCACCAGAUGAUGAUGAAAAUGGAACUUUAGCUGCUAGAUUAAAAAAUCAAUAUGACAGAGAAGUCACCCUUUUAUCUCGGCUUCACCAUCCGAAUGUCAUAAAGUUUGUGGCAGCAUGCAAAAAGCAACCGGUUUAUUGUGUUAUAACGGAAUAUUUAUCUGAAGGUUCCUUGAGGGCAUACUUGCACAAGCUCAAGCAUAAGUCUCUCCCCUUACAGAGGCUAAUUGCAAAUGCUCUGGACAUUGCUCGUGGAAUGGAAUACAUCCACUCUCAAGGUGUCAUUCAUCGAGAUCUUAAACCGGAGAAUGUUCUUAUUGAUCAAGAGUUUCAUCUGAAGAUUGCCGAUUUUGGCAUAGCUUGUGAAGAGGCAUAUUGUGAUUCAUUGGCUGAUGACCCAGGGACUUACAGAUGGAUGGCGCCUGAGAUGAUAAAAAAGAAAUUCUAUGGCAGAAGGGUUGAUGUGUACAGUUUUGGGCUCAUUUUAUGGGAAAUGGUGGCUGGAACAAUUCCCUACGAGGAUAUGAACCCCAUACAGGCUGCUUUUGCGGUAGUGAAUAAGAAUUUGAGACCUGUUAUCCCUCGGGACUGCCAUCCUGCAAUGAGAGCUUUAAUUGAGCAAUGCUGGUCUUUGCAUCCUGAGAAGAGGCCCGAGUUUUGGCAAAUUGUGAAGGUAUUAGAGCAAUUUGAGUCUUCGCUUGCCUGUGAUGGAACCCUGAAUUUGGUAAAAAACCCAACUUGUCAAGAUCAUAAGAAAGGUCUUCUUCAUUGGAUUCAAAAGCUUGGUCCCGUGCAUCCUAGUAGCUCCCCCAUGCCUAAACCUAAGUUCACAUGAAUCUCUCGUAUGACCUGGCUUUUGUAAUGCUCUGGGUCACUUGUAAUUAAAAAGGUUUGUUUUUGAAGCCUCUUUAUUUGUACUUCUCUUCUAUGUCACAUUCAUGUUAGAGUGAAUUAAUAGAUUGGUAGGAUCCAUUGAGGUGAGGUGUCUUUGCUUCACAAAUAUACAUACAGCAAAUUAUCACAUUUUAGGGUGUUCUGAACAUUGUAAGCAUUGGAGAAGAAAAAUAGUGUUUUUUCAGAGGGCUAUAAAGUUCAAUAGCAUCUCCAUUUUGUCUUUUUUCUUUAA